UGAGGCAUUUAGACCUGGCCCAGAUAUUUCUUUGCUUCUCUGAUACCAUUUUUCGAUCUUCAACAUGGUAUUAAUAAUAUGAGAUGAAGAGUGAAUUAAAGAAGCUCCCGGUCAAUUUGAGGAAAUAGUUCAAUUGAGUGAUGAGGUUACCCAAAAUGAGCAAUCCUUUGAAGGCAAAUGAAAAGCAUUUAUGACCAAGAAUGUGAACAGACCAACAGAUGACUUAUUGAUAGGAAGGAACUGAGGGUAAUGACCCGAAAAGAUCAUGUCUGAAGUACAGGGAACGGUUGAGUUUUCUGUAGAACUACACAAAUUCCACAAUGUGGAUCUUUUCCAGCGAGGGCAUUACCAAGUCCGAGUUACCUUGAAGGUUCCCUCAAGAAUUCCCCACAGGUUGAGUGUCAAGAUUGGUGGACAGACAGAGGUCUCCAACUUGGGUUCCGCAAGUGUCCAAGACAACACCGGGAAUAGUCGGAUAUUUCAAAUCUUGUACAGGAAUGAAGAAAUCGUUAUUAAUGAGCUGAUGACCUUUCGAGUACAUUUACUCUUAGACGGGGAAAGGGUUGAAAAUGCUUUAAGUGAAGUAGAUUUCCAGCUCAAGUUGGACCUUCAUUUUACGGAGAGUGAACAGCAGGCAAGGGAUUUGGCGGCGAUGCCCACCAUCAGCAGCCGCACAUUGGACCUCCACUUCCAGCCUCGAAAGGGCCUGCACCACUAUAUCCCCGUAAUGUUUGACUAUUUCCACCUGUCUGUGAUCUCCAUGACAAUCCAUGCCUCACUAGUGGCCCUGCAGCAACCACUGAUCAGCUUUACACGCCCAGGGAAAGGAUCGUGGCUGGGUAAGGGCAGCGCAGAGUCAGGUUCGGAACAGUCCAGUAUGUCCUUAGAAAGCCUUGUCUUUGGAGCUGGUUACUGCAAACCUUCUUUCUCAGAGGGAAGUUUUUAUACACCAUCUGAAAACUGUAUGCAACAUGCAUAUAAAUGGCAUCGGGAUCUGUGUCACCUACUCUUGAACACAUAUCAGGAACUAUAUGUUUAUUUCCUCAUUCUCAUGAAGGAUAUCCCAGAUUUCCCACGGAUGAAACUGGAUAAACUUGCUGUUGAAGAAACAUUAUCUCUUCUAUGCUCAGAGCUACAGAUGAUGAACAAUCCAGAGAAGAUAGCUGAGCAAAUAAGUAAGGAUCUCACUUGGCUUUGUUCCCACCUCUUGGAAUUAUGGACCCAGUUCCUGGAAGUGGUAUCAAUGAACCCUGACGUCACAACAUAUCUCAACAAGGAGCAUCAUGCUCUAAGGGUUAGAAGAUUUUCAGAGGCUUUCUUCUAUAUGGAACAUCAAAAGCUUAAUGUCCUGACAUUUCAGGAAAGUGUGAUCCAAAGACAGAGUCAGAUUGCUUUGGACGUUCGGAAUUCUGAAUACUUCACCAGCAUGCCUCCUCUCCCAGCAGAAUGCUUAGAUAUUGAUGGAGACUGGAACACCCUACCAGUCAUUUUUGAGGAUAGAUACGUGGAAUGUCCUCGGAAAGGGCAUUACCUGGGGAUUUCCCCAAAUGUUAUUUCUCCUGUUAAAACUUGCCAAAAAGUGGAACAAAAGGAAAAAGAGAAGGGUCAACAAUCAAACGCUAAUGCAACUUCUGAGAGAACAUUCAGGGAAGAUGCUUUUUUACCAUGGAACUUUGAAGUGGACUAUCUGUGUCCUGUUACAGGUGGGGAUGUAUCCAUGGACAGAUACUCACCUCCUAGUUCAGUAUCUCAGGUAUACUUGACAAUUGGUGAAACCCAAGAUGAAAUGGGUUUACCUGAAGAGUCUACAGUACCUUGUGCUGUUGAUCCUGCAACUGACUUCAGGCCAAUUGUUUUAACACACUCUGUACCAGACUUGAGUAGAUCUGAACAGACUGUGGCUGGAGAUAGUAAUCUGGCAUCUUGCUUGACAUACAUCGAAAUGAACCCCAGCAAUAAGCACCCUGAUAAUGCUGAACCUGGGUUAGUAGCUGCUCCUCAUUAUGAGACCAGCACACCUAUAGAUAAUUACAUCAGGACUGUCUCAGAUGAAGCAGCUGCAUUUCCUGCCUCUGAGAAUGUUGUCUCCACAGACAAAGUUGUAUCACAUGAUUUAAGUAAGAAGGAGAAUCAAGAGAAUAAAACCACAUUGCUAUCCCUGAAACAUCUUCCAGUGAAUUCAACUGAUUCAUUAAGCCCAAUGCCAAGAGAUCCAUUGGAUGUGAAGUCACUACCAAGGGAUCCAAAGAGUAAUGAACGGGAAGUGUUAUCUGCCUUGUCUGGGACCAUCAAAAGAUCAUCUUCAGUUAUCUCUGACUCAGGCAUUGAAAGUGAACCAAGCUCUGUGGCUUGGUCUGAGGCCCGCAGUAGGGCUCUGGAAUUGCCCAGUGACCGAGAGGUUUUGCACCAGCUGGUAAGAAGGCAUGCUAUCCACAGAAAUUCCUUAGAAGGCGGCCACACGGAAAGCAAUACAAGCUUGCCUAGUGGUAUCCAAGCUUCCCUGACCUCCAUUAGCUCUUUGCCUUUUGAGGAGGAUGAGAGAGAAGUAGCACUUAACAAGCUAACUAAGUCUGUGUCAGCUCCUCAGAUAAGUAGCCCAGAGGAGUUGGCAGAGGACAAUGACAUAUCCAAAAGCGAUCAAGGGAAUUUGGAGACCUUGGAUGGUCACUUUCAGAAAUCUCUUGAAGAAAACCAGCAUGAGGGCAGAAACAUAAAUUCCAUUAGGAACUUUCCUGGGUUUCAAAAUGACCCUCCAAAACAUGACUGUGAAGUCUUCCCUUCACUAGAGGAGAUGGCUUAUAACACAGAUCAUCCACAGGAAGAUAAGGGCUACAUGGACUUAGCAAAGGUUAAUGAUAAUCCAAAUUUUCUUUUUGGGCAUUGUAGUUUCACCUAUAGUGAACCAGUGGGCAAUGAAAAACCUUUUGUUGGAGGAGCUGAGUACUCUUCCACGGCUCAAACCAAAGAACUGACUUUAGACACACUUCAUGUCUCUAAAGUAGAUACUAUCCAGGAUGAUGUUUCUAAUAAAGAUCUACUGGAAAAUCCACAGACUGGAUCUGAAGUUUCAAAGACUAAAAAUGACAUAUUUUCUAAUAUCAACAUCUCAGCAAUUGAGAAUUUCCCCCAAUCCAUCCAUCAGGUGUCUGAAUUUCCCUGUAGUUCUUCUACUGAAACUGUCAUGCCAGAUGCAAACAAAGACAAAAGAAGGGACUCUUGCACUGGUGAUGAUGUCCCUACCCAAGAAGGGUGCCAUAUUUUGCAGGAAGUUGAUCUAAAUGAAGUCGUCAUGGUCAACCACAGCCCAGAGGUCCAUGGCAUUGAUUAUCAGUGCUUUGAAAACUUUGAAUCUAAACAUGUUGCUAAUAGCAAUAACUUCCAUUUGGCCAGCACUGAGGCACUGACAUUGGACACAAGAAAGACUGUGGAAGUGGUUAAUUUAUCUGUUUCCUGCACAGCUACGUGUCUUCCUUUUUCCUCAGUGGUUAAGGAAGCUCCUGCUAAGGUUGGACUUUCUUCUAAACAAAAUGUAUUCCCAAUUACCCAUCAGCCUGUGGGUUCCUUUGGGGUAGUCUCAUGUGAUGCAAGAGCUUUGGAAGAAGAAGUCAAUGAAAGAAUGUUUAGUUUUUAUCAGGCCAAAGAGAAAUUUAAAGAAGAGCUGAAUAAUGAAGAGUGUCUGUACAGUGACUUGUCUGUACUAGCUUCUGACUUGCCAUAUUUUCCACCAGAGGAAGAGGAAGAGAACUUGGAAGAUGGGAUUCAUCUGGUUAUCUGUGUCCAUGGGCUGGAUGGUAACAGCGCAGACCUCCGUCUUGUAAAGACAUUUAUUGAACUGGGCCUUCCUGGAGGAAAAUUGGACUUUCUGAUGUCUGAAAGGAAUCAGAGUGACACCUUUGCUGACUUUGACACAAUGACAGACCGAUUACUUGAUGAGAUCAUUCAGCAUAUCCAGUUGUAUAAUCUAUCCAUUUCUCGAAUCAGCUUCAUUGGCCAUUCCCUUGGCAACAUCAUCAUCCGAUCAGUAUUGACUCGGCCUCGUUUUCGGUAUUACCUCAACAAGCUACAUACCUUUCUCUCUCUCUCUGGGCCUCACUUGGGGACGCUCUACAACAAUAGUGCCCUUGUUAGCACAGGUUUGUGGCUAAUGCAAAAGUUGAAGAAAUCUGGAUCCCUUUUACAGCUGACUUUCAGGGAUAACACGGAUUUGCGCAAAUGUUUCCUGUAUCAACUGAGCCAAAAGACAGGCCUUCAGUAUUUUAAAAAUGUUGUGUUGGUUGCUUCUCCUCAAGACCGAUAUGUGCCAUUUCAUUCAGCAAGAAUUGAAAUGUGUAAAAUGGCACUCAAGGACAGACAUACAGGCCCAGUUUAUGUUGAGAUGAUUAACAACCUUCUCCAACCUCUGAUAGAAGCCAAGGAUUGCACUGUAAUUAGACACAACGUGUUCCACUCUCUGCCCAACACUGCCAAUGCCCUGAUCGGCCGAGCUGCCCACAUAGCUGUGCUUGAUUCUGAACUGUUCCUGGAGAAAUUUUUCCUGGUCACGGGACUCAACUAUUUCAAAUAAUGGCUUUAGGGGAAUCAACUAGGGACUUGUGUAAUAUCCCCAAAAGUAACCAGUGCACUUUUUUUCAGUAUCAUCCAGACCUUUAGCUGAAACACACAGCUUUUUAGACUUGGGAGCCCCAUACUAAACAUUGAGAUAGGAGCCCCAUUUGUAGUUUUGGUGGAAAGUGGAAAGGAGAAGGCCUUAAGAAAAUGAUUAGAGAUAUUGAAGUCACUUCUAUCUCAGCUUAGAAAAGUGAAGCAAAUAGUUAGUUAUCAAAUUGUAAGUUGUCAUUUGUCUGGUGACUCAAAGUCUCAUUCUAGAUCCUUUACAGGAAAAAGAAGAAAAAAAUAAGUAUUGGGAGAGAGAUGGUGGGACCAGUGUCAUAAUCUUAAUAUCAUAGAACAAAGGCUUUCUCCUCCAUUUAACUUGAUUUGUCCAAAGCAUUACCAGCUUGAGUGUUUGUUGGUUGAUACAAGUGCAUAGAAACAUUUCAGAACUCAGGUUAAAACUUCUUUUUGUGUGUGUAGAACUGGAGAUUAUUUAUGUGCAAAGAAUCCUUUAUAAAUUCUUUUGUGCCAUCUCUGUUUAAAAAAAAUGUGAUCUCCAUUCCAUCAUUCCUUUUCAUAUGUGGCUAAAGAGUUAUUCUUCAUAAAAAAAAAAAAAACUUUUUUUGGGUAGGGGUGGGAAAAUGGGGGAGGGAGAAGGGAGUAAGGUAAUUCAUCAAUGAUCUUAAGUAUCCUGCAAAUAAAAAUACCCAAGAGGAGUAUAUUAGGCCAGUUAGGCCAGGUAACUUUUUUUGGAUCCCUACUUAAAAUGCUGGUCUAAAUCAUACUUUUAUCAUUGGGGAUUUUUUCAUCUUUGUUUUCCAUCUAGGAUAGUUAUUUACAAGAAACUGAAAUCACUGUACUCAAAAUAGAGCCUGCUAUACAUGGGUUUGAUGGCACUAUUGGAAUCAUCCAAAGAAAUGCCAACUUAAAAUUUAGUGCUACUGAGGGGCUAAUAAAAAAAAAGGAAGACCAUUAUAAUGGCCAACUGUUCCUCCCUCAUUAAAAAAAAGACAUCAAAAUUAAGGAAUGAAGAAUUGAAAUUCCAACCCGAGGACAAUGAGCAUACUCUGAAGUAUUGCCUUUAGAAAAGUCUUAAAAACUCACCCAGAUGACAAAAGACAAGCAGAUAGAAAAGUGACAAGAUAAGUUCAGAGAAAACACAGCAAUGCACUGGGUAGAGAGGACCUAGGUUCAAUUUCCAAUUCUACAUCUUAUUAGCCGGAUGACCAUAGGCAAGUCACUCAAUCUCUAUGAGCUUUAGCUUCCUCAUCUUUGAAAUAAUCACUUUUGACUAGAAUAACUCUAAGCUACAAGCCAACUUGAAAAGAUUUUGAGAACAGGGACAAUUUCAAUGAGAUCUGAAAGAAAAUUUAUAAAUAACUUAAGAAAAAAAUUUGAGCAUCAUUGAUUUAGUCUUACUUCCCAGUAAAGAAUUGAGAAUUCUGGAUGCUAUCCAAGUGUCUUAACUUUUAAGUAGAAUUAAGAAGUGAUUUAAAAGCCAUUGGUAGAAGAUAUUUCCUUUUGGAUGCCAAUGGAGAUGAUGCUUCAUUCUUACUCUGAAAGAAUCCCAUCCGUCAAAAGUAGUAAUACUCCUUCAAGAAAAUUCAUUGAAACUAGGCUCCAAGUACCUGUAUGAUAAAAUUUUGGGACAUUGUUUUAGCUUAGAGAUAAUUCUUCCCUCUGACUUGUGUUCCAUUAAUCUCAUAGGAGUAAGUUGUUACCAAAAAAUAAAUCAUAGAAUUAUAGAAUUGUAGAGCUUGAGGGUACAAUAGAAAAUAGAAUGUUAAAGCUGAAAAGGACAUGAGUACAGAGAUUACAAUGUCCUUAGAACUUAAAAUAUCACAUAUGUAAGAAAUCUUUAGGACCAUGUGCUGCAGUUGUUCGAGAUGAGGGGUGAAAAAAUUGAAAUCCAUAAAGUUUAAGUGACUCAUCCAAGUAUGCACAGAUAGUAAGUGCUAAGAGCCACAACUGGAGCCAAGUUCCUCCCAAUCAAGUACUGGUUCCAUGUUUUCAGAAAGCCUAUAGCUGGUUAUAAGCAAACAAUCAUCUCCCUCAUGAUAAGCUCCAAUUUUUGGCUCUCUCUCUUUUUAGAGGAAAAUGAUUUCUACAAAGCCCAGUGGAGUCUCAUAUUUCUCUGAAUGCCCAGCACUAAGAUUUUAUGAUGCAUGUUUACUCCAGGAGAAAGGCUCACAAUUUAUAGCAAUGUCCCCAUCUUGGCCAAAUGCAUCCUUUCUCAUGAACACAUCAGUCUUGCCAUUGCAUGUCUAUGAACCUGUCUGUGAUAUGUGUCAAUGUGUGAUCAUUUGAAGGCCUUCCGAGCCAGUGGCUAUAAAGCCAAAAUGAAUACUACACGUAUUGUCCAUUUCAAUAACAUUUUUUUUUAAAUCUCCAAUGUGCUGCCUAAACAAACUGAUAAAAAUACUGGCAAUAAUAAAUAGUUCAGCAAUGCAAUGAUUU